AUAGCCUUCGAUUUAUAAAUUCGCGGAACAUUCUCUUUAUCCCGUUGGUCUUUGUUGUUAAUAUACCCAUCAUAUUACUGUCAUAUUAUUAAGUAUCCUCUUCUUAAUAUGUGAUUUAAACACAAUAUUUCAAACUGAAUCAAAGUGUUGAAGUUUCCUUUUAGAUUUCUGGUUCUUUAGUAAAUCCCUCCGACGCCGCAAUGGAAGCCCGCUAACGCCAGUUAGCUAGCUAACGUUACACAAGCUAACUUUAGCUAGCAGCUAGCGGUGUGAUUUCGUGUUUUUGUUUUGAUUAAAGAUAAGUUUCAGAGGAAGAAGCUCCAAAUCUUCUCCGACAUGACGUCUGCCUCAGCUAAGGUGGGUGAGAUCUUCUCAGCUGCAGGUGCUGCCUUCACAAAGUUGGGGGAGUUGACCAUGCAGCUGCACCCGGUGUCCGACUCCAGCCCUGCAGGAGCCAAAUGGACAGAGACUGAGAUCGAGAUGCUGCGUUUAGCCGUGCGUCGAUUUGGAGACGACCUCAACAACAUCAGCACAGUGAUCAAAGAGCGCACAGUGGCUCAGAUAAAGAGUACGGUGAAGAGGAAGCUGUAUGAGGACAGUCGAGUCCCCAUCUCCUCCGAAUCCCCUAAGAAGACCGUCAAGAAAACUGCCGUUGCCAUGACGACCACUCCAGUCCCUGCCGGUCCCACCAUGAUCGCUGUGCCAUCGUCUCAAGUUGUUGUGCAGACGGGCAUGCAGAGCAGCCCUUCUCUGGCUCCGCCCAUCAAGAAGCAGAAAACAGCAGAUGUGACACUGAGCGCUCUGAAUGACUCCGAUGUGAACAGCGACCUGGUCGAUAUUGAAGGACUCGGAGAUGGAUCCUCCAACAAGAAACUCAACUUUGACCAAGAGAGUUUGAACCUUGACUCCAGUCUCAUCAUGAACUCCAGUGACCUCCCCCUUCUGUCCCGCUGACCUUUGACCUCUACUCGUGACUCAUCAGAAGAAAACAGACCUUCAUGUAGGAGACUUGUAAAACAUUUAAGCUUAAAAGAACUGUUAGGAUUUUUGUGGUUAAAACGGCAGCAGACGUUUAUUUAACAGCUCUUAGUUUUAGUUCAAAUGUUUUAGUUCAUAAGUUUUUCAGUUUGAAAACAAGAAUAUGUCAAAGUAAUCUGACAUUAAUAAUUUGUUGUCUCAUUUCUUAUGUUCUCGUUUUAUAUAAUCUUAGUUUGAACAGUUUUACAUGCAAUUCAGAUCAAUCUGGAUAAAGACACUGUUACAAAAUGAAAAAUGUUUUCAGUUUAUUUCUUGAUCCACACAGUGACAAAUGUUAAGUUUUAUUGUCUUUUAAUAGAAACAUUUGGAAAUUUCAGAAAUUGUAAACUAAAGCAGCAACGAUUAAUGACAGAUGAAGAAAAUGAUUAAUCAUCUAUUGUCUUGUUAUUUUUCACAUUAGUUGAUUAGAGGUUGGAUUUGCUGCUUUUUAUUUGUAAAACAUUAUCAAAAUAUUUAAAUUUGACUUUAUUUGGUCUAAACAUUAAACCGAUCAAAACAUCGUCUUAAAAAGAGAUUGUGACAAAAGGAAAAACAUGUAAAAUUUGUUCUGUAAAAACUCAGCUACAUCUAAUGAAUAAAGGUUUUGAGAAAAUAUCCCUUACUUUUUGUGAAAGGGAAAAAAAAACAGCAGUCAUCUUCACUUAAUGUUAAAUAGGACACAGUGUUUUAUUUUUAAGUCUCUUCAUAUUUACCAGAGCAAAUUAUUACAAAAGACCAGUCUU